AUGAAGUUGUCCCUGUGGGCUUUAUUCGCACUGACAUCAGCGGCUUCUUCCUAUACUCCAGAGUCGACUUUGAGCACAGAUAUACUCGCCAUUGCAAGUCUUGCCAAGCUAGCGGCAUCUGUCGCUGAGGGUAGCUUAGCCGACCUGCUCGCCGCCAAUGGCGUCUCGCAGGAAUGUAACAUUCUCGAGGUGGGCGUCAGGCGUGAAUACUCUACUUUGACCAACAAGGAAAAGCUUGCCUAUACAAACGCUGUCAAGUGUCUCAUGUCCAAGCCCGCUCAGACUCCAGCCGACCAAGUCCCGGGAGCCAAGUCCAGAUAUGAUGAUUUCGUGGCAACCCACGUGAAUCAGACCAUCAGCAUACAUGCCACUGGUAACUUUUUGUCGUGGCACAGAUACUUCUCGUGGGCAUUCGAGCAGGCCUUGAGGGAUGAAUGCGGCUAUGAAGGGUAUCUGCCGUACUGGAACUGGGGAAAGUCAGCUUUGGACCCCAUCCACUCGCCAUACUUUGACGGCAGCGAAUACUCGCAAGGUGGCAAUGGCAUCUAUGCUGAGCACAAUUGUACCGACGCUUUGGGCACUGGUCUCAAUUGUAUCCCGCCCGGUGAGGGUGGUGGUUGUGUCGAGACGGGCCCUUAUGUUGGUAUCAUGGCCAACAUCUCAGCCACCGCUCCAACUCUGACGGCAGCCAAUGUCACUGCCGGAUCAUUCCUCGGCUAUCAACCUCGUUGCAUCCGCCGUGAUGUAUCACCAUGGGUCUCUAGCCAGUGGUCUACGGAUCAGCAGUCCUUUGACCUGUUGACCAAUCCACUGUAUCAGACGGGCAUUGGAGCCUUCCAGGACCGGCUUCAAGGAGACUUUGAUGCUGGAUUCUUUGGCUUACAUUCCGGUGGACACUACACCAUCGGCGGCGAUCCUGGAGGCGACUUCUUCAAUUCGCCGAAUGACCCCAUGUUCUGGCUACAUCACUCCCAAAUAGACCGAACGUGGUGGAUCUGGCAAAAUCAGCUUCCCCUCAACCGCACUUUACAGAUCUCGGGCACCAAUACGGUAUUCAACACUCCACCGAGCGCAAACACAACUUUGGAAGACACAAUCAAUCUAGGCAUCAUCCGUGACCCGCUGGCUAUAAAACACCACUUGAGCACAGUUGCCGGGCCAUACUGUUAUAUUUAUGUUUAA